AUGAGGGUAAAUUUACCGGUAAAUGAGGGUAAAUUACUGUUAUAUGAGGGUAAAUUACCGGUAUAUGAGGGUAAAUCACCGGCAAAUAAUGGUAAAGUACCCACAAAUAACAGUAAAUUACCGGUAAAUGACGGUAAAUUACCGGUAAAUGACGGUAAAUUACCGGUAAAUGACGGUAAAUUACCGGUAAAUGACGGUAAAUUACCGGUAAAUGACGGUAAAUUACCGGUAAAUGACGGUAAAUUACUGGUAAAUGACGGGGAAUUACCAGUAAAUGACGGUGAAUUACCGGUAAAUAACGGUAAAUUACCGGUAAAUAACGGUAAAUUACCGGUAAAUGACCGUAAAUUAUAG